AUGUUGCGUAAUUUAAACGCUACCACCUACUACAAGAAGGUGUCGAACAGAAUCCGCGCUUUUUCAAGUUCUGGGUCGUUAUGUUAUAAAAUAAUAUCGGGUAAAGAACUUGCCAGCAAGCUUCGAAAGGAAGCAUUGAGUGAGAUAGAGUAUAUUAGGCAAUCGGUUCCUGACUUUAAGCCAAGGUUAAAGAUUUUUCAGGUUGGUACAAGAUAUGACUCUUCUGCGUAUGUGCGUAUGAAAUUGAAGGCGUCUAAGGAUUCCGGUAUUGCAUGCGAUAUUGAAAAAUUACCAGAAGAUAUUACCCAGUUUGAAUUGUUGGAUAAGAUUGAGAAGACUAAUAAUGAUGAUUCCACUCACGGGAUCUUAAUACAGUUGCCUUUGCCAAAGCAUUUGGAUGAACGUUUAAUUACCAAUACUGUUUUACAUACCAAAGAUGUCGAUGGAUUUCACCGGUAUAAUGUUGGUGAAUUAUCUAAGAGGAGAGGGGUGCCUUACUUCGUUCCUUGUACUCCGAAUGCUUGCAUUCGAUUGCUAGAAGAAUCAGGGCUUGUGAUCAGGGGUAAGAAUGCAGUUGUAAUCGGCAGAUCGGAUAUUGUUGGUACCCCUGUUGCCGCAUUGUUGAAAAACCUGGACGCAACUGUGACAGUGGCCCACAGCAAUACUCAAAACCUACCAGGCUUACUGUCGGAGGCUGAUAUUGUAGUUUCUGCAUGUGGAACACCAAAUUAUGUUAAAGGUGAAUGGUUAAAACAAGGUGCUGUGAUAAUUGAUGUGGGGAUCAACUAUAUUCCAGAUGCAACAACGAAGUCAGGUAGAAGAUUGGUCGGUGAUGUUGAUUUUGAAUCGGCAAAAGAUAAGGCCUCGUAUAUAACCCCUGUUCCAGGCGGUGUUGGUCCGAUGACGGUGGCAAUGUUAAUUCAAAAUGUAUUGAUUGCUGCAAAACGAGCGUUGACGGAAUCCACCAAAAUGCCACAUAUCAACCCACUACAAUUAAAGGUUGAAUCACCAGUGCCUUCAGACAUUACGAUCUCCAGAAAGCAAAAUCCGAAGCAUAUUGAAGAUAUGGCGAAAGAAUUGGGGAUCAGCGAUCAUGAAAUCGAAUUAUAUGGUCAUUAUAAGGCAAAACUAUCUUUGGAUAUAUUCGAUCGAUUGAAAUCUAAUACGAAUGGUAAGUACAUAUUGGUAGCUGGUAUCACGCCGACGCCAUUGGGAGAAGGAAAAUCUACUACGACUAUGGGCCUGGUUCAAGCCUUGACUGCACACUUAGGGAUACCAUCUAUUGCGAAUGUUCGCCAACCAUCAUUGGGUCCAACUUUUGGUGUUAAAGGCGGAGCCGCUGGUGGCGGAUAUUCCCAGGUGAUUCCAAUGGAUGAAUUCAAUUUGCAUUUAACCGGCGAUAUACAUGCUAUAUCUGCUGCAAAUAACUUACUUGCAGCUGCAAUUGACACAAGAAUGUUCCACGAGAGUACGCAGAAAGAUGAUUCAAGGUUUUACAACAGAUUGGUUCCAAAAAAGGGUGGCUCCAGAAAGUUCACCCCAUCCAUGUUGAAAAGGUUGAAGAAAUUGGGCAUUGACAAGGUCGAUCCUGAUACUCUAACCCCAGAAGAAGUUGCAAAAUUUGCUCGUCUACGAAUUAAUCCUGAAACUAUUUCAAUUAAACGUGUAGUUGAUGUGAAUGACAGAUUUUUGCGUCAAAUUACUGUCGGACAAGGACCGCUGGAAAAGGGAUUCACUAGGGCGACUGGUUUUGAUAUCACAGUUGCAUCAGAGUUGAUGGCUAUCUUGGCACUAUCAAAUGAUUUGAGAGAUCUAAGAGAAAGAAUUGGUCGUAUUGUUAUAGGUUCUAACUAUAAUAAUGAAGCAAUUACUGUAGAAGAUAUUGGCUGCGCUGGAGCAAUUGCUGCUUUGUUAAAAGACGCUAUUAAGCCAAACUUAAUGCAGACUUUGGAGGGUACACCCGUACUUGUUCACGCCGGUCCAUUUGCUAACAUCUCUAUUGGUUCAUCUUCAGUUAUUGCUGACAAAAUCGCUUUGAAACUAGUUGGUAAGCGCCCAAAUUCAACGGAACAAGUGGAACCGGGCUUUGUCCUCACAGAAGCUGGUUUUGAUUUCACUAUGGGUGGGGAAAGAUUUUUCAAUAUUAAAUGCCGUUCCUCAGGCUUAAUUCCAGAUGCAAUUGUGAUAGUGACUACCGUUAGAGCCCUAAAAUUACAUGGCGGUGCACCUGCCGUUAAGUCAGGUCAGACGCUAGCUGUCGAAUACACAAAGGAAAACGUUCAAUUGGUUAGGAACGGUAUUGCAAACUUGUGUAAACAAAUUGAAAAUGCAAAACAGUUUGGUGUGCCUGUGGUGGUUGCAAUCAACAAGUUUGAAACUGAUACCAGUGAUGAAAUAGCGGUCAUAAAACAGGCCGCUCAAAAUGCUGGUGCGUUCGAUGCUGUAGAAAGUAAUCACUGGGCUGAAGGCGGCAAGGGCGCUGUUCGCCUUGCCCAAUCCGUCAUCAAAGCAGCUGCCCAACCCAAAAACUUCAAAUUCUUAUACGAAGUCGAGCAAUCUGUGCACGAUAAAUUGACUAACAUUGUCCAAAAAAUGUAUGGCGGUGCUAAAGUAGAAAUAUCGCCUGAUGCCCAAAAGAAGCUUGACAUUUAUAAAUCCCAAGGCUUUGAAAAAUUACCAAUUUGCAUUGCAAAGACGCAAUACUCACUAUCUCAUGAUCCUUCGUUGAAAAACUACCCCACAGGAUUCACAUUUCCAAUUAGGGAUAUAAAAGCAUCAAUUGGAGCAGGAUACUUGUAUGCAUUAGCUGCGGAAAUUCAGACCAUUCCUGGUCUUUCUACAAAUGCAGGUUAUUUAAACGUCGAAAUUAACGAGGAAGGAGUAAUCGAAGGCCUAUUUUAG